AUGGUUCAUAUCUUCUUUGUUGGCGGUACUGGCCAUAUCGGCGGCGCCGUGCUAGACCAGCUUGCACAGAAGCAUGAGAACGCGAAAAUAAAAGUGUUGGUCCGAGACGAAGCAAAAGCCGCGCGCCUGGUCAAGGUCUACCCACAAGUCAAAACUAUUAUUGGUGAUGCGGGAGACCUCGAGAUACUCAAAAAGUGCAGUCAGGUGGCCGACAUCGUCAUCAACACAGCCCCGGACAUCACACACGACGAGGGGAUCAGGGCAAUUCUCGCGGGUCUGAAAUCGCGUGGCGCAUCCUGUGGCAGCAAGCCAUACUACAUCCACACAUCUGGGGCUUCUCUCAUCUGGGACGAGCCCGCUGGCUCCAAGGAUGCCCGUCGGUGGGACGACAUCACCGAUAUUGGGGACAUUUGCGCAUUCAAGGGCGAAGCCCACACACACGCCGUGACCGACAAGAUCGUACGAGAUGCGGCCCCGGAAGUCAACGUGGCCAUCGUCUCGCCGGGCUUCGUCGGCGGCAUGAGUCCCUCUAUUGAGCAUCCGACCCCUAUCACGACACCCGCUCUCCUGCUCACCGCUCGCGCCUUCAAGUCGGGCUGGCAGAUCGCCGAGGGGGGAAACAUACACGCCUGGAUCCACGUCUUGGACCUCGCAAAGAUUUAUCUGAUCCUCGUCGGAAAGGCCCUUGACGAUGCGUCCGAGUCUGAUCCUUUUCCCAUCUGGGGCCCAGAGGCCUAUUAUUUUGGAACCGGCGAAGAUGUUUCGUUCGGAGACUUCAUGAAGCACCUAGUGCCUGUUUUUAAGGAUCAGGGAAUCAUUAAGAGCAUCGAUAUCAAGUCAGUCAGUGUGGCUGAGGCGGCGAGGGCCAGCAUUGCCGGCACUGACUAUGACCCCGAUGCCCCACCGCCACCGGCGGAUACUUGGGCCAUGCAUAUUGCCAUUAUGUACGGAAUAAACAUGCGCAUCGAGGCGUCAAGAAUGAGGAUGCUUGGUUGGAAGGCAGAGAAGGGUUCCAUCAUUGAUAGCCUCCCGCAAAUAGUGGCCCAGUUACUGGAGCGUGAGAAAUUGGUCGAAAAGAAAUAG